GAGACGGUAUUGCGUAAGGAGUAAUUCCUUUCUAAAUUAACCAUUUAAUAAUAAUUUAUUAUCAUAAUGCUUAGAUUGACUUUAUUUUUUCUAAUAUGUUUUACGUGUGGUAUUCAAGGUUACAUACUUCCCGUCGGCGAAUUUGAUCUUUUCAAAAGUGAUCCGCGAAUCGUGGGCGGUGAGGAUGCUCCAGAAAGUGGUAUACCUUACCAGGCAUCCUUAAGGAGUAACUACAAUUCUCACUUCUGCGGUGGCUCAAUUAUAAGCCAACGAUGGAUACUUACAGCUGCUCAUUGUACUGUCGGAAAAACCAAUCGUACGAUGAUAGUAGUAGUUGGUACUAACAGUCUACUCGCUGGAGGAGACCGUUAUACAGUUGAAACUAUCAUUAUUCACGAGCAGUACAACAGUAAUCUGAUCUAUAACGACGUUAGUGUUGUUAAAGUAUCAAGUGACAUUGAGUUUGGAGACCGCGUGCAACCAAUACACCUUGCUUAUAAAGAUACGAGUGCUGGCUCUGACUUGCUGCUAAGUGGAUGGGGAAGAUUGUCCUAUCCAGGUGUGUUACCAGUCCAGCUCCAAGUGAUCAAUCUGGUAUCACUUAGCGUGGAGGAGUGUCAGAGAAUAUACAAUAACAUAAAUCCAGUUUACGACACUCAGAUUUGCUCUCUAACAAAGAAAGGAGAAGGAGCUUGCCACGGUGAUUCCGGCGGUCCUCUGGUGUCUGAUGGUGAGGUGGUUGGCAUCGUAUCCUGGGGUAUGCCGUGCGCCAGGGGGUACCCUGACGUCUACACACGAGUCUACUCCUUUAAGAAUUGGAUCGCAGCGAAGAUAUCCGAACACUCAUCUGACCAAAGCUCAAUAGACCAGGAACAGCUUCUUAUUGUUGAUAAUUAAGAACUUUGUAUAAAGGUUAUUGGCAAGUUAUAACUAUUUGGACAAUUAUUUUUAUAGUG